CUACUUGACUGACUGGGUCUUGUACAUGGCGUUGACCAUAAGUCCAUCCUCAGAUUACCAUAAAACCCUUCUGCUUAAGGCCACAAACUGGUUCGCAUUUAUUUUUUACUCAUGAAUAUUUUUGUAAAUUAAUGAAGAGAGAUAUCUUCUUCUUCUUCCCUAAAACUUCUCUAUUUCAUGGGUUUUGGCCUUGUGUCAUUAUAGGUCCUCCGUUUUCAUUUGACCGUUGAUUUGCAGUUUCUUUGGAGAAAUACCAUAGAUACCCCGGAAUUCUUUUGAUCGUCGCUUGAAAUUCUAUUAUUUUCUGGGGAAGUAAAAUGGUAGAUGCAGUGGUGACUGUAUUCUUGGAAAAGCUGCUUAACACACUUUCAGAGCAGAGUCGUUUCGUGAACGAAUUUAGAGACCAGUUUAAGAGGUUAGAGAAGGAGCUCCAGUUGAUGCAAUGCUUCCUUAAGGAUGCUGACAGGCACAAGAGGAAGAGUAAGAAUGAAACUCUACGCCAGAUCAUGGCUAAUUUGCGAGAGCUGAUUUAUGAAGCUGAAGAUAUUCUGGCAGACUGUCAACUCCAAUCACAAGAUGAUGACCAACUCUCCAAUAGUUGGUUGAAUUGUAUCUAUCCUCCUAAUCUUCAGUUCCAAUAUGGAACUGGAAAGCGACUCAGAGAGAUAAAUGAAAAGAUCACCCAUAUUAAAGACGACAUCUCAUCUUUACUAAAUAUCCCACUUUUCAACCGGAUGGAGACAAACGACAUUUGCAAUGGCCGAAGUGAUAGAUGGAGCGGCCCUGUAUAUGACCAUACCCAAGUAGUUGGAUUGGAAGGCGACACAAGGAAGAUUAAAGAUUGGCUUAUUGAAGCAGAGGAGGGCAUACUAGCGAUCGGAGUUGUUGGUAUGGGUGGUUUGGGAAAGACCACGAUUGCUCAAAUGGUCUUCAAUGACAGAGAAAUGGAGAAUCGGUUUGAGAGAAGAAUGUGGGUAUCUGUUUCUCAAACAUUUACCCAAGAACAAAUUAUGAGAAGCAUGUUAAGGACCUUGGGAGAUGCAAGUGUUGGAGAUGAUGGAGGGGAACUGUUAAGGAAAAUUUCUUUAUAUCUCUCAGGCAAGAGGUAUUUGCUAGUGAUGGAUGAUGUCUGGAGUGAGAAUACUGAUUGGUGGCAGAGAAUCCACGAGGGAUUGCCAAAGGGAAAAGGAAGUAGUAUUAUCAUCACUACCAGAAAUGAAAAAGUUGCACAAAGAAUGGGAGUGAAAGAAGAAAAAGUCCAUCGGCCCAGAUUCCUCAGUAGCGAUGAUAGCUGGUUGCUGUUUCGUAAGAUAGCAUUUGCAGCAACUGGAGGGGAGUGUAUGUACCCUUUGCUACAGGAUGUUGGAAGGGAGAUUGUAGAGAAGUGCCAGGGUCUUCCAUUAGCAAUAAAGGCAGUUGGAGGGAUGAUGCUGUAUAAAGCACCAACUUAUCCUGAAUGGAGGCGAACUGCAAACAAUUUUCUAGAUGAAUUGUCAGAAAACGAUGGCUCUGUCAUGGCUUCACUGCAACUUAGUUACGAUGAGCUCCCCUCAUACCUUAAGUCAUGCUUCCUCAGUUUCUCUCUUUAUCCAGAGGACUGUGUCAUUACAAAAGAGCAAUUAGUCCACUGGUGGAUUGGGGAGGGAUUUGUCCCAGUAAGAAAUGGUAGGUCAUCAAUUGAAGCUGGAGAAGAUUGUUUCUCAGGGUUAACAAAUCGAUGUUUGGUAGAAGUGGUUGAUAAGACUUACAAUAAAACAAUUAGUACAUGUAAAAUUCAUGAUAUGGUUCGUGAUUUGGUGAUCAAAGCAGCAGAAGAGGAUGCAUUUUUCAGAUCAAAUGGUAUGAGUUGUCGUCAUUUGGGGAUUAAAAGCGAGAUGCAAAAGAAGCAGCUUAUAGGUAAUUCAAAGUUGCGAGCACUGUUGUCCACAACAAAGAGUGCUGAAGUGAACAACAUUGCAUCAAGCAUUGCAACAAAAUUCAGCGAAUGUUGCUAUUUGCGGGUUUUAGAUCUUUCCAGAUCAAUCUUCGAAAUGCCUCUCAAAGGUCUGUUGAAUCAGAUUGGUUCACUUCAACACUUGACUUGUCUUAGCUUAAGCAACACCCAUCCUUUGAUUCAACUCCCACCAUCGCUAGAGAAGCUUAACAACCUUCAGAUUUUGGAUGUGAGUUACUGUCAAAACCUUAAAAUGCUACCCCCUUAUAUUGUGUCAUUUAAGAAGCUCAGAGUCUUAGAUGUAAGCCAUUGUGGUUCCCUUGAAUACGUACCAAAAGGCUUAGCAAAGCUUUCAAACCUUGAAGUUUUGUUGGGUUUUAGACCUGCUAGAUCAAACCAAUUUGAAGGUUGUCGGAUUUCUGAGUUGAGGAAUUUGACUCGACUUAGAACACUUGGGUUGCAAUUUACUUGUGGGGAUGAGAUUGGAGGUGAUGAGGUCAAUGCAUUGAUAAACCUUAAUGAACUGCAAUUUUUGUCUAUCAGUUGCUUUGAUAGCCAUGGUAGUGACCUCAUUGCCAAAGUUGACAAACUCUAUCCUCCACAGCAGCUUGAUGAGCUGAGUCUUAGCUUUUAUCCUGGUAAGACAAGUCCGAUCUGGCUCAAUCCUGCCUCCCUCCCUAUGUUAAGAUACCUUUCAGUUUCUUCAGGAAAUAUUGAAAGCAUGCAUGAGAGCUUUUGGGGGGAGAAUAAUACCAUCUGGAAAAUCGAGGCCCUAAUGUUUGAGUCUCUCUCAGAUUUGGGACUAUACUGGGUGGAGUUACAGGAAGUUAUGCCAUCCUUACGAAUUGUGAAUGCUACUUGGUGUCCGGAGUUACAUUCUUUCCCAAUUGAAGAUGUUGGAUUCAGAGGUGGCGUUUGGAUAAAGGAAGAGCAGAACAUGCAUAUGUAGAAUCAAGACCGUGCAAUGAUUGUAUCUUAUCUCUUAUUUUUUAUUUUCUGUGAAACUUGAUGAUUGUUUUUAAUUACAAUUAACAUGAAUGUGAGAUUUGAUUUUCUCUUUCUAGUACUAUUUAGUCAUGAUUGGCAACUGCAGAAAUUCAUAUGGAAGUUUUGAAUGUAUAGAAACUUAAGAACCCCGAACCAAGUUCUCCUUCCAUAUAUCUGUGUGGUUGAAUGUGUCUCUCUUUUGUGUUGAUUCAAUAGUUCAACAUUAUGUCUGUUUACAGUUGUUUAA